AUGGAGCCAUCCAAACACACAGGGCCCUUGAGAGUUCUGAUUAUUGGAGCAGUCUUCGAGCAAGACAGUGGCCCCGACGCCCGCCCUCGCGACUGGAGCUUUGGCAUCUACUGGGCCCAGUCACGCAUCGACGAAUGCCUGACCGACGACCUGAAGGCUCUGGUCGACACAGUCCAAACCGACCCCUCGUACCGCCGGAUCCCAGAUUCAGUGCUCCCCUUGUAUCAUGGCACGACAGGAGAGCUGCUCAAGGCUCUACCUGCUCCCUACGCCAUCCGGUUGAAGCGGAAAGCAUGGCUGGGCUUGCUUCGAACAGGGGUUGACGUUAGAUGGAGCAAAAAGCUCAUCGACAUCAUCACAACAGAGGACGGUGUGACUGCCAGAUUCUCAGACGGGACCACAGAAACCGGAACACUCCUUAUCGGCUGUGAGGGAGCCCACAGCUUCACACGCCAGUGGCUCUUCCGGUCUUCUCCUCAAGACGCAGCUCUGCAACAUGCCCCAUUUACGUCGUUCGUGACCAUCACCAAACUGGGGGAAAUCGGCCGCGCGCUCGUGGACAUUCAUCCCACAUACGCCAUCGCCCCAGAGCCAGACGGCUUCUACACGUUCUGGUGUUCGCAUGAUCAUGUUGGAAAUGACCCCUCCGAGUGGACGUUCCUAAUUAUCUUGACGUGGGCAACUGAUCGCACGGUAGAUCACGAUGCGCUAAGCAGAAACAAUGAUCUAUUGCUGGCCGAUGUCCGCAAGCGCAGUGACCAUUUGGCAUAUCCUUUCAGGGACAUGAUUGCGGCCAUUCCGAGGGAUGCGAAGAUUUGGUAUCAUGAUCAUAUGAACUACUGGCCGACUAAGGCGUGGGAUAAUAGGGGCGGGCGGGUCACGUUGGCGGGAGACGCAGCGCAUACCAUGACUUUUCAUCGUGGCCAAGGCCUCGGAAACGCCAUUGAGGAUGUAGCCGAGCUGCAGACCUACCUCCGUUCCAUGAAGUGCCACACGAGAGAGGAGCUAGCCAAGGUUGUGGCAGAGUAUGAGAAGGAGGUUUGGAAGAGAGGGGCUGAGGUUGUGGAGGAGAACCUUCAGAACACAUAUAUGGUGCAUGAUUGGGAGAGGCUGACCCAGAGCCCACUGUUUGCCGGGCUCCAUCGGCUGGACUCGGGGGCGAGGCACUAG